AGGCGGACGAGCACAAUGUGUCACAACAGUUCCUGGCUUAUCAAGUGCUCCGUGGCACUGGCUUUCUACAGCUGCCUGUGCCUGGCACCGCCGAUUGCCCAUUGCAAGUACAACGUGAGCUUUGCCCAACUGGACUCCUGCGAGAGCUACUCGAUCCGAGAUGCGGGCUAUGCCUACAGAGACUUCUUCAUGGUUCACUCCCUGGACAACAACAAGGCAAAGGCCGGGGAGAGACUACAUCUGAAGUUCUACGUUCUGACCACCAUGGAUGCCCACAUCCUGCUCUCGGUGACGAACCACGUCAGACCGAACGAUCGGGUGUAUGAGAUCGUGAUAGGAGCCGGCGGAAAUACAUUUUCCGCUAUCCGCACCGCCAUGGGAGUAAGGCGCGUGUCCACGAAUCAAGAUCGGAACUUGCUAUCUCUAUACGAGCCAACGCCAAUUGAGAUUGUCCAGACGCAGAAUGCCGAGCUGUUUGUUUACAUUCCCGGCUUCAAGAAGGAGCCUCUGCUGCAGUUCAUCGAUGCCUCUGCACUAACCAUUAACUACAUUAGUUUCAGUUCCUUUGGCACAAAUACGGCCAGAUGGUUCUACGAUUGCGGUUUUGAUGGAUUUGACAAGGAAAUAUCCGCUGAUGUUAAGGCGCCAACGGUGGAGCAGAAACUCCUGGCCCAAAUAAAUCUACAGGCAGAGAAUGCCAGCUUGCCAUCCAAUCUAAGCUCUUUGCCUUUCCACUUCCAAGCCCGUUCGCUGGCCUAUGAAAUGACCAAUUCCCUGCUUCGCACGCGAAUGCACUUCAUGAUGCAUUGGCAGGACGAUCGCCUGCGCUGGAAUCCCGCCGACUAUGGAUAUCUGGAAUCCUUUGAGCAUCGGGACUUGCAAGUAUGGACACCGCACAUGCGUGUCCUUAACGGUGCCCUGGACUCCAUGGACGAGGUGUUGCGAUCCUACGAACUGCGUGUCUUUUCGAACGGCAAUGUCACUCUGUAUGUGAAUAACCUGCAGCUCACCAGCUGGUGUGUGGACAGUGCACGCAACUGGCCCAAGGAGCGUGUGACAUGCGACAUCGAACUGGGUCUAAUCGGCCAGAAAGGUGACAACCAGGUAAAUCUGGCACUAAUCUACGAUCAAAAGCACAGCCCCGUGGCACCCAAUGAGCAUGUGAACACACCGUCCGGCUGGACAUUUCUCGACAUAUCCGUGGUCCAAGUGGGCAAUGAUUCGGUGAAUAGAUAUACCCAGAAGAGCAUGCUCCAGACAAUGGCCGGAGAUGUGGCCAUUGAGUUUACCAUUCAGAGAAAUAGCAGUUUCUACAUGACCGUGUUCUAUGUGCCGCUGAUUGCCUGCCAGAUAUUUCUGAUCUUGUCCUUCGUCCUGCGUUCUUCACGAAGAAGUGCUUUGAUUCUCCUUGCCCUGUUGAUCACCGCCUGGGGAAUGAUGUAUUUGACGCGUCAUGCCUCUCCGCAUUAUGUUCCGCCCAUAAUGUCCGCCUACAAGGUGGUCAUGAUAACCACCAGCUACUGCUAUAUCCUUCACAUUUGCUUGCUGUGGCUGGAAUUGUUUCCGCCGAGAGCCAAGGCUCCUGACUGCCUAGCAGCCGUGAUCAACUGCAAUAUCCUGCGCUGUAUCCUGGGCCUAAGACUCGCCGAUGCCAAUGACUUCUGCGACAUCCAGGAGAAACCCUGGCCUCAUCUGGCCAAGAUCUUGAACAACCUGAGUUCCGUUGUGGUCAUCGUCAUCUUUGCCGUCGUGAAUAUAACGAGUGGCUUGUGA